GAAAAACAAACGUGAAACGUCAAUCAAAAUUCGUGUUGAUUUCUGAAAACAUUGUUAAAAAACAAUUGUUGUGUUUCUAUUUCGCGAUUGUUAAGCAAAUGAGACUACUACAAUGAAGGUAUUUUCCAUAACCGAUAUACCUGAGUUCUCGAAGAAGGAACGUAUAGUUGUAGUGGGUGUUAUAGGAAAAUCGCCGUAUCGGUACCCUAACAAAACAACCCCACUUUUGCCUUCUGUCCAGUCCAAAGAGAAUUUUAUAGAAUGCCACUGGGACGAGCGUCGCGCCAUCCUCUACCUCCAUGCCAUCACAUACCUCGACACAAAGCGGCUAACAGCCCUAGCCGCGACUCUUGAUGAAGACUCCAAGAGUGCAGACACUGAUGCAGACGCUGCCAACUGGCUGGUGGCAUCAGGCGACCUGGCAGCAGAGUCCUGCAAGGCUAUCGCGCUGAUAUUCCACCUGUGUCAUAUUGUGGUGCUGUCUUCUCCUACAUCGGUGUUUGAUCUGGGCUAUCUACAGCUGUUUAAGGCUAUGGAUGCUUACAGAAAUGAGCAACUAGCGCGCAGCACAGCAGCCCUUGUAACAGCAAAGACGACAGGAAACUGGGAGUCUCACAGACGUAGCUGUUGCCCUCGACUUCUCUUCCACUUCCGGCGCGCCCCCAACCCUGUGCGGAAGGUACCAGCGGCGCUGAAGAGGUUGGAGCACGCAGUGGAAGACCAGCUGUAUUUUAUAUUGAGGAAGGCUAGGAUUAUUACUAAUGUUUGCGCAAAAUCCCUAUUCGCGAUCCCAAAGAACGAAGAAUUCGUUUACAUAAGUGGCGAGGAGGAGAGCUCAGGGGCCCGCGAACUAAGUUCCCUGGUCCGCGGCCUCGCAGCCCGGUGUAACGCGACCCCCGAUCCGGGGGCCCAGCGGCCUAGCUUCCGACAGUUCUUGCAAACUCAUAUAGACAUGGCGUUUGGAGAAGGCUUCGAUGAUAACGUCGGGAAGUAUGCUAUGAGUACGUCGUUCUUUGAGCUACCAAGCGCACAAUCCUGGCGCUCAGCCGCCCAGGCUCUGACCCCGGUAUACUUAUCAAGCAAGGAGGAGGAUCAGACAUCCGGCGCCCUGUACGACGCGCUCGCUACUGACGUGCGAUUCUCACAAGCGAGGUGUGCUAAGGUUCUGCCAAUAGCGCAAGCGUCGUACGCGGAAGGUUUGCCCGCGCAUUAUUCCAGUCAACAUCACGCACAUAAAGUGGGCGUGGCGCUGGGCGUGCUGGGCAGCAUGGCGCGGGGCCCGCUGGCGCGCGCGGCGCGGGCGCGGCUGCGGGCCGCGUGCGCCGCCACGUGGCGCGCGCGCAGUCUGUGCGAGGCGCUGUCGCUCACCGGCCACGUCUGCAUCGAGCCCGACCAUGACAGCAGCAAGGAACACUCAUCAGGCGUCCGCUACGUGUCGGCCUGCAACUGCGGGCGCUGCAAGUGUUCGCGCGAGGACCCGUACACGCUGCGCCGCGCUAACCUCACGUUCUACGCGCAGGCGGCCGAGGAGUGCGGCGUCUGUGUCACGCUGCAGGCCAUCGACUUCCCUGUCUUCCAGCCCUCCACGCCUAGUUACAAAGCGGCAGCCUUAAAGGACGAAGUGGAAGAGCCAUCAGAAAGCGCCGUGGUCCGCGCGUCGCCGGCCGGCUCGGGCGCUUCGCCCUCCGACGCGAACUGGUCGGCGCCCGACGCCCUGUCCCCGGGCUCCGCGAGAGAUGACGACGAUGAUGAUGAUAAAUCCCAUGCCUCUGAUACCAGAUAUGUGGUGCCGCUCACCAGGGAUGCUGCUGAAAAAGUAAUGAGCCGCCAACCCUCAACAACAGAGUACCUGCCAGGCAUGUUACACACGGCCAGCCCAGCAGGCCUUCUGCCGGCGUUCUCGAGCUGGUCAGUGGUGUGCCUGGGCGCGUCGUCGCUAUACUCGCACUCGCUGGGCCUGCCCGAGCACCUGCAGCCGGGCUUCCUGCCGCACACUAACUAUCUGCUGCCGUGGGACUGUGCCGUCCGUGUGGAGUCGAUGAGCGCAUGGCGGGUGUCGGGCCCGACGCGCGGGCGCGGCAAGAUCGCGCCGCACCACCACCUCACCGUCAAGAUAUUCAUCGGCUUCGAGUACGAGUGCCCCCGGGGACACAGGUUCAUGAUGUCUGGUCCGGACACGGUGGUGUCGGGCGGCGGCGGCGGCUGCUCGCGCGAGGCGGGCGCGGCGGGCGGGCGGCUGGCGGCGGCCGACAUGCCGCUGUACGCCGCCUGCCUGUGCCGCGCCGCGCCCGCGCCGCCGCUGGCGCAGCUCAUGCGCGUGCACGUCGUCACGCCCAAGGCGCCCGUGCAUGUCACGCUCGACCCUAAGGUACAACCAAUACCCGGCGGUCCGAUCUUCAUCCCGCAACCAGUGGGGUCCCCGCCUAUCAAGCUCUCAGCCUCAGCGUACUGGGUGCUUCGACUCCCGUACAUGUACAGCGACGAGCGCGGCUGCCUGCCUCGACCCAGGGCCGGAGCCCUGCAGCACCCCGGCAUGCUCAUAGCACCUCUAUUCGGACUGCAGGACUAGCACAACUUCAAAACUAGGAAGCUAUGGGUACAACGAUGGAUGGCAAAUUAGAAUUGAACUUUAUGUCGACGAGUUAGAGAUGAAAUUCCGUUGUAUCGGAAAGUCGGGAUUACGGACUUGUUGUAUUGUAUAAGACGUUUUUUGCAUUGUACGUUUUAUUUUACAUACAACCUGACUUUAGAAGACCUGUAAAUGAUGAAAGUGAGCAAUAUCGUAGCUGUAUACAUCAAAUAUAACAUAUAGGCUACUUUUUUCACUGACCUGACCGAGGCCCGGAGCCCUACAGCACCCCGGCAUGCUCAUAGCUCCUCUAUUCGGACUGCAGGACUAGCACAACUUCAAAACUAGGAAGCUAUGGGUACAACGAUGGAUGGCGAAUUAGAAUAGAACUUUAUGUCGACGAGUUAGAGAUGAAAUUCGGUUGUAUCGCAAAGUCUUAGGAACUACGGACUUGUUGCAUUGUAUAAGACGUUUGUUGUAUAGUACGUUUUAUUUUACGUACAACUUGGCUUAAGAAGACCUGUAAAGGAGCCCUGCAGCACCCUGGCAUGCUCAUAGCACCUCUCUUCGGCCUGCAAGACUAGCACAACUUCAAACCUAGAAAACUGUGGGUACAACGAUUUAAGGCGAAUUAGAAUUGAACUUUAUGUCAACGAGUUAGAGAUGAAAUUCGGUUAUCGCAAAGUUUCCAUGCUACGGACUUCUUGUCUUGUAUAAGAUGUAUGGACGUUCCAAACGAUGGCAUUUAUUUUGCAAGAAUGUAAGAAGUUAUAAUGUUAACGUGAUGGAUGACUGUAUCUUUUGCUUAAUAAAACUAUAGUGUAAUCUGGUUUUAGAGGACCUGUAAAUAAUGGAUGAAACUUGCAAACAUAUACAUCAGAAUAACAUAUAGGCUUUGAAGUAGUUUCCUCAGGAAGCGGGUGAAACCGCUGGCGGAAGCUUAUCUAUAAAAUGGACUGAGUUUUCUACGUUCGAUUGUAAGCAGGACCACGUUGACGAUAUCGUUCUAUCUCUAGGUCUCAAGAGAAUCCUG